UUCAUUAAAUAUGUAUUAUGUGCUGCUUGUUGUACCCUCCGGUGUCAUAGCAUUGCCGCUUCACAGCACAAAUGUGACGACGGUACAUCGUCCUAUCAUUUACUUGUACAUACAAACAAUUCAAUAAUAUUUCUACUAAUAAAAUAAGCAAAGCUUAUGAGACAAGAACUAUUCAGUGUCGAUAAUAUGGCUUAAAAUGAAAUGCAAGCAGGAAAAUAAUUGAAAGCAACACUAUCUUAAGCGGCAAUUAUUUGUCAGCUCAGUCCCAGAAGAUUUUGGUCCAAACAACAUUCCUGAAGUUUUACUCAAAUUAACAAAACGUUCCUUUACUGGUGUUUUGUAUAGUAGUGCUGCGGAAAACAUGGCUGCGCUUCCGUCGAUAGUUUGCUCUUUUUUAGCACUGAUUCCUCUUGUUUGUUCUCUUGAAAACGUGGAUACAAAAACACAAGGAAGGAAACGGACUGAUUCCACGUCAGCAGCACUAGACGAGAAGAAAGCAAAGGAUGUUCACAACGCUAUUUCACAACUGCUGAAACAUAAAAUUGGUAAAACACUAAAGGAGGCAGCAAAAGAAGUGAAGAUAACUGUUGAUAAUGCCUUGGAAAAGCAUCUCAGUCAUGCACACGAUAUUGUCAAGCAAAAAGUUGCGAAAGGUGAUGUAAUCGUUAUGGAUCCAACUCUUAGCAAACUUGUCAAGAAUGCCUUGAAAACUGGGAAAAAACAGACCCAUAGUAUGGCAGUUAAACAAAAUAAAACAACGUCAAAUGUAGACGUACAUCGCUCACAUAGUUCUGGACAGUUACAAAACCAUCACGUUCAAGCCAAUCGAUUGUCACAGCCCUAUGAUGCUCAUGCCACUUAUAAUAGAAGACCAGGCUCCCCACAGCCACAAGCAGGCCACCCUCAAAGAACUAGAUACACACCAAGACCUGGACAUCCGCAACAACCUGGGCACCUACUGACGCCAGGAUACCCACAGUAUCCGCAAGGACUUGGAUACUCACCAAUUCCUCAACCUGGGUAUUCCAGUACAUCUGGGUACACACCAUUUCAAACUGGUUAUCCAUAUUCCCAAGGUUAUUCAGGAACUCAAAUGUCUGGUUACCCCGCAGUAAAUAACGCUAAUCCUGGUUCAUCGCAAAUGCACGUUUCCAGCGCAACUACAGCUCCUGAUAAUCAUGGCACGUUUGGAAAACAAGGAAUGCCAGGUGGUGAAUGGCAGCCUGAUUAUACUUUGGGGCAACCAGGUUACAUGGAUUCUACUUAUGGUCAAGCAGGAUAUACACCAGGGACACCAUGUUGGGGGACAAGUUGUGGUGUUCAACAAAAACCUUUCAUGCAAGCCGGAUGAUUCGGUCUUCUCGAAAGAAAUGUUACCUAAUGUGUCCAAGAGCGUGCUGCAACGGAAAAAGAGGAGCCAUUUCUAACAAUGAGAAAUCUUAAGUGUAUGAAUAAUAAUGAACGAAAAUACCUUCUAGGAACACGAUACUGAUAAAGAUUAUACAUACUAAAAUGCUCAAUCACUUUCAUUAUCAUUGUCUUUUUUCGUUUGGAUAUCACAGGCAUUUAUACAAAGAUAAUGAUGGCACCAACGUUUAUGGAAAAACUGCUUUGCAUUCUAGGUUGGCCUACGACUUGUGAUCGUGAUACAGAUUGUAUAGAAAGAAAACCGAACAGUCUGGAAAACGUUGCCCAAUUAAUCAGCGUUUGCCAUUUUAAAAAACGUUUCGUGGAAAUAGAUACUUGGACUUCCAAUGGUUCAUUAAACAGUAAAAUUGUA